CGCAUUAUGUGACGCUCCGCCCCAUCAAUAACAGCGGAUCUACACAGAGACAGCAGCUGCUGACAGAUAUCGUUCAGUAACCGCUGGAUCAUCAGCGAUCGGAGUCAUGGAGGCGAGCGAGGAGGCGGACAGCGCGGCGCAGCAGCAGAACAACGCGGCGCAGAGACGCGCCGAGAUCCGCAGGAGGAAGUUAUUGCUCAACUCCGAGGAGCGCAUGAAGAAGAUCGUGGGCUUCAGUAAGAGCGACGCGGACAGCGCAGCUAGAGUCCUGGAGCCGCGGCUGACGCUGGAUCUGGACGGGAUGGAGUCUUCUUCCAAGAGGCUGUCCCCGCUGCUGUCUGAGUCUCUGGGGAGCGUCCCGGACGAAGCGGCGGCUGACAGGCUGGUGGCAGAUGAGCGCUCGGCAUCUCCUCGCCGGGGUCUGCAGAAGUACCUGUCCCGCUUCGACGACGCCAUGAAGCUGCGAGGACAGCUGUCCUCUGAGAAGACGGCUCAGGAUGGCGGCGGCGGGGACGAGGAGCUGGACUCGUUCCGUCUCUUCCGGCUCAUCUGCAGCGUGGCUCUGGCUGUCUUUGUGCGCAUCUUCGUGUGCCAGUAUCUGUCUAUCUUCGCACCGUUCCUCACUCUGGAGCUGGGCUUCAUGGGAUUGCACAAGUACUUCCCAAAGGUUUGUCUCUGUUUUGGCACUGAUAAAGUAGAGAAGAAGAGCAAGACGACGAUGCUGACCGCUGCUCUGCUGCUGUCCGGGAUCCCCGCCGAGGUCAUCAGCCGCUCUAUGGAUACCUACAGGAAAAUGAGUGAUGUCUUCUCUGACCUCUGCGUCUACUUCUUCAUCUUCAUCACGUGUCACGAGCUGCUGCUGCUCUUCGGCUGCGACGCCUCCUAAGAUCAGCGCUCCUCCUUCUGUUACCCAUCAGACCAUCUCAGACCACCUCAGACCACAUACUAUUCCUGGUUUAACAUCCUCCUCUAAUAGCUUAUCUCAUGUAGUGUUCAUCAGUUAGAAAUGUUCAUGUUGACCGCUGUGAAACUAGUGAAGGUCUCAGAAGAGAUCCCUGAUGCUCUAAUAUCAGGCCAAACUCGUGUCUGUGUCGUAUUUCAUAACAAAAUACCAAGUAAAUCAAGCCUGUUUUUUUUUCUGGACCAUUGAAGAAUAAAUCAGCUGAAAAUUAACAUUAGCUAAAAACAUGUUCACUGUCAGACCAUUCAAGAAUAUGGAUGAGUUUGUUUCUUCAAAUGUGUCUGCAGACAAUGGAUGUGAAUGGGUGCCGACAGAAUGAGGGUCCAAACAGCUGAUAAAAACAUCAAAAUAAUCCACAAGUAAUCUAUGAAGAGGUUUUGUAGACGUUGCUUGAUCUGUACAGAUUUCUCUCCUGAUUAAGACCAGAACACUUUUUUACUGAAGGAAGAGCUAUGAUGGAUUCUGUACUGAUAUAUUUGAGUUAAAAGCAUCUUAAUCUGUGGUCUUCUCCAGAUGUUAACUGAUGGACUGGAGUGGAUUAUAGUGAUGUUUUUAUCAGCUUCAGAUGAUCUGAGGGGUAGCACAUUUUAAUUUUUAUCUGAAUUAUUCUUUUCAGCUCUUUCUUAUUAUGACAUAAUCCAGUUCACCCUCAUUUUGUCUAAUUUCUGAAAUGAAUAUCAACAGCUCCUCUUCUCAUUUCUUUAAUAUCAGAGUGGAAUAUGAUGCAGGUUUCAUGAGCUUUGCUCUUUUGUUGUUUGUCCAACAGUGACUCAACAAAACCAGCCUAAUCUUACUAGAUUUGUUAACCGAGUCUUGAGUUGAUCUCUAACAGGACCCCAGAUUCUCUUCUGUUUCUGUCGCUCUUUCUAUGCUGUGUUUCUGGUCAGUGGUUUUCUGAUGUUGUGAUGUUUUGUUUGGCCCUGCUCUUGUGUUUAGAGACGUUAGUGUUAUAGAGCUGCUCAAACUUGAGUUUAGCAGACAUUAUUCUUGCAGAUCUGUUCAUUUCUAUUUAAUUUAAUGUAUAUGCCGUUAUAUUCUGCUGUUUUGGAUGGGAGAUGAACUUUAUGGUUUGUUUCCGAUCAUGUUUACACAAGUCUGUAACACUUAUCUAAUCUAUGACAGUGUUUUUGCUAUUCUCAGUAAUAUGGAAGAGUAUGUAUGUAUGAUUGUAAUAAUGUAUUUGAUUACGUCCCGGUCGGAGAGAGAAGCUACUGUUAAAACAAUAAAAACAUCAGUGUGUC